CAUUAGAGUAUAGAAAUUCACUAGAUCGAGCGGUGUGAAGUUUGUCGAAAGUUCUCUAUCUGUUUACUGUGUUUUUGGUUAGGAGAGACAAGGACGGUAAAUAGGAUGCUGCGACAAAACACGCAUUCUUCGGACCAAAACGCCUCUGCGAAGAAGUAAUAUUUCGACAUGAUUUCUUUUGCAUACUAUUCCCAGAAGUUUAAUCUAGGUCGGUACGGAGGUCGAUUUUGCAAUUUUGCCCAAAACAAUUUUAUGAACUGAAAACUAACAUUUCUUAUAGAAAAAAAUUUUUCACGUCCCACUUUUCCAAAAUCGGCCUCCGUACCGACCUAGAUCAAACUUCUCAGAGUAGUAUGCAAAAGAAAUCAUGUCAAAAUAUUAAUUCUUCGCAGAGGCGUUUUGGUCCGAAGAAUGCGUGUUUUGUCGCAGCAUCCUAUUUACCGUCCUUGUCUCUCCUAACCAAAAACACAGUAAACAGAUAGAGAACUUUCGACAAACUUCACACCGCUCGAUCUAGUGAAUUUCUAUACUCUAAUGCAGUCUUCAGAACAUGGUAUAACUUCAACAAAAGAAAUAUAUCAUGUUUAAUCCUAUACAGUGUAUAUAUGAUUGUAUCUUAUAAGAAAAUUGAAUUUUCGUAUAAUUUGUUAGCAAGAUUUCUACCAAGUACUGUAGAAAUAAAAAGUAUUUAAAUGUUUCGCAGCAUAAAAUACAUUGUUUUAAAUAAUUUCAUACCGUUCCGUCGUAUAAAAUUUCCACUGGAUAAUAUUUAUAAUAAAAAUAUGUCCAUCAAACUUAAUACAAGUGAGCAAGAUGUAUGUAAGUCUCAUCAGUCGAUUAAAAGGCAGAUAACUGAGGAAAAUAAUGAAGUUGCAACAAAAGCUCAAAAGGUAGAAGCAACUGAAGAUGCAAUGCAAAAAGUUAAAAGGAAAAAUUUUGUAAUAAUGAUGGGUUAUCUUGGCGGAAAUUACUUUGGAAUGCAAAUAAAUCGUGGUACAAAAACUAUAGAAGAAAGUUUACUGACUGCUUUGUUGGAAGCUAAUUAUAUUACAAAAGACCAAUUUGAAGAUAUAAGAGAAAUAAGAUUUCAAAGAGCUGCACGUACAGAUAAAGGUGUUUCAGCAGUUAGACAAAUUGUUUCUCUAAAAUUACCGCAUAAUGUAAAUAAAGAAGAUAUAAAUAAACAUCUUCCAAAAGAUAUUAGAGUAUUUGGUGUAAAAAGAGUGACAAAAGGAUUUAAUAGCAAAAAUCAAUGUGAUGCUAGAACAUAUAGAUAUGUUCUUCCUACAUUUGCUUUGGCUCCAGAACAUCCAGAUUUUUUACAAUUGGGAGACGAAGAAGAAGUAGAUGAAGAUACACGACGUAAACAGCUUUCUACGAUAAAUGGAGAGCCAUAUAAUCGAUUUCGAUUAAGUACAAAAAUGCUUAAUGAUUUAAAUGAAACUCUAAAAUUAUUAGAAGGCACACAUAAUUUUCAUAAUUUUACGUCAAGAACAAAAGCACUUGAUCCACGGAAUCGGCGCUAUAUAAUAUAUUUUCGUUGCAUUGAAACAUUUAUUGUGAACGAUAUGGAAUUUGCAGUUUUAGAAGUUAAGGGACAAAGUUUUAUGUUACAUCAAAUCAGAAAAAUGGUGACUUUAGUAAUAGGAAUUUCUAGAAAUAUCCUCAAAAAUGAUUUUCUUAAAGAAGCAUUUUCAAAGGAAAAAUAUAGUAUACCAACUGCACCAGGUUUAGGAUUAAGUUUGCAUUUUGUGCAUUAUAAAUAUUAUGAUGAAAGAUACGGAAAAGACGGUAUUCAUGAAACGCUAGAUUGGAAUGAGUGUGAUGAAGAAGUAGAAAAAUUUUAUAGGGAACAUAUUUUGAAAAGUAUAAUAGAUACAGAAAUAACAGAAAAUGUUAUGUUCAAUUGGCUUGCAUCUUUUUAUACACCAAAGAGAAUUGGAAUGAAAGAAGUUGCAGCCACCUGUGAAUAUAUUCUAUGAAACAUAUUACUGUAUCAAUCCAUGUAAAUGAUAUUAAAUGUAUUUGACUUUUCCAUAAAUAUUUUUUAAAUUGUUGCACUGUUA